AUGUUCGGGCCGCACGGGGUCGGGGCCGGGGCCGGGGCCUGCGGCGCUGCGGAGCCGAGCGGGCCGCGCCGGGACUCGCUCGCCGCGUACACCGCCGUCAGCGGAAGCGCCUCAGCCGCCGCGGCGUGGCGUAAUCGGCGACGCGACAAAGGUCCGGGGGAGCCCGGGGAAGGUGGGAAGUGGGAGGACCGCCCGCGUGGCGCUGCGGGGGCGUGGGGUUGGCGCUGGCGGAGACGCCGGGGUGCCGGCCGCGGCCGAGAGGUGCCCCGGCUGACGCGCCGCCCAGACCGCCCGCUUCACGGGACUCUUCGUUCGGUCGUGUGGGGCCGACGCGGGGAAAGGCGCGUCCGCGACCCGGCCCGGCCCGAGGCCGCCCGGUGCGCGCGCGCCGCGCCCCGCGGGGCUCCUCCGUCCCGGCUCCGGCGGCGCGGGGAGCCAGGCGGAGCCCCCACUUGGCACCUGAGGACCCCGAGGUGGGGGUCGUGUGUCCGCGACCCUCAGCCAGCGCGGGAGCAAGAGUCGGCCGGGCUUCUCCACGCACCGGUGUGUGGGCGCCAGGCUACCCGGCUUCGCUGGAACAAGCCCCCGGGCCCCCCUCGCCGGGCCCUCGGGGCCACCGCAAGCAGCUGCUCCGAUGGCGCUCCGGCCCUCGGGAUCCGACCCUGCUGGACCGCAGUCCCCUCUCCAGCCAAGCCUCCCUCGGCAGGGAAGCCCCUGAACCCGGAGAGCUCCGCCCCGGGGGCAGCCCAGAGCUCAGCUCCGCACCGGGGUCCCCCGGGCGCGCACCAGCCUGGCUCUGGCCGGCCCUGGGCUCGGUGCGCUCCGGGGCUGCCCCACUCGGCUUCCCGCUCAGCCCACCCUGGCGAGCCCCAGUCCCCGCUUCAUGCAGCUCGCGGCAGGUGGUAGAGGGGCCGAGGGCCUGUCCCUCAUUCUGGGAUACAGCCUUGAGCCAGGAGCAAUGCCCGGCGCGGGUCUGGCUCAAGGGGACCCCGAGCAAGUGAUGGUCGGUCCGUGCCGGCUGGUCUGCUGCCCACACGGACACGCCCCUGUGAGUCCCUGUCACUCCCCGUGUUGUCCUUGCCUGCAGAAGCCAGGCAGGUGGAGGUGCAGAGGGGACCCUACAGAGAGCCCCGCGUCACACUCCUGGUCGGGUCUGGCUGCUAAGACCUGCCUGAUAAGCUUCCAGGGCUCGUGUUCCUUCACAGGUGGGGGUGACCUGUCCAGACCCAGAGCCAUCCUGUACCCCAGGCCGGAGUAAGAGCACCUCC